CAGCUGUAGUGGAUGUUUUCAAUAUUAUGCCUCGCAAUUCACCUCGAUGGUGGGUCAUGCGUCGCACUGGUGGUGCAUGGAAGGACCUCGAGGUUACGGACGAUGCUGAGGACGACUACUAUGUCAGCCUUUUGCGAAUGAAGAGAUCCACCUUUAACCGCCUUCUCUGGGUCUUCGCACCGCAUCUGCAGAAACAAGUUACGAGGUGGAGAAGGCCUUUGCCACCGGCACAGGUGCUGGCUUACGCGUUGCAUCGAUGGGCACAUGGCGACGCUCAUCUGCACAGCACAUCCAUGUAUGGCAUGGGCAAAACAAGCGGCCUGCGGGCUGUUCGCGAUGUGGCUGAGGCCAUCAUACGCUGUUUUGGAGACGCAGUUGGGUUUGGGACAUAUGAGGAGCGGCACCGUCGGAUGCAGAAGUUUGCUGCCCUUGGUUUCCCGAACUGUUGGGGGUGCAUUGACUGCACACACGUGUUUGUCGACAAACCGAAAAAAAAGGACGGAGACGAUUUCAUGGGCGGUCACAAGAAACGGUUCUCUAUCGUCGCUCAGUUGGUGUUCGAUACGGAGUUGCGGAUUCUCGAUCUGUGUUACGGGUUUCCUGGCACUGUAGCCGAUGGUCGUGUGCUGAGGAACUCUUCUUUGUGGCGGGGGGCCGUGGCUGGGGAGCUGUUUGCGCCUGACCAUAAAGGUCCAACCCGGCACUUGCGUCCCGAAAUUCCGGGAGUGCCUGGGGGAUACCUGCUCGACGAUAAUGGAUAUCCUACUCUGGCUUGGCUUGUGGUUCCGUACGGGCACAGUGGUGUGGAACCACACACGAAGAUUUUUGACAGUAGGCACAAGGUUGUACGUUCUCUUGUCGAGCGCGGCAUCAGCCUCUUCAAAAUGCGGUUCCUGUAUUUCUACAGGCCUCACGUGUGUGAUCUCAAGAUCGAAGGAGAAGAGUUCCAUGCCGCGUGCAUAGUGCACAACUUGCUUCAGGACUGGGGUGACCUUCCGGAGGAGUACCUGCAGCCACCAGAUACUAAUAGUGGCACACAACYUCCAUUCAGUAGAGCAGUUGCAGGUGAUUUGCGUGCGAAUCUGAGUGACGCUCUUCUUAGUGCGCAUCAGGAGUUGUCUUUCCUGCAUAGAUACCUCGUCAAGCAAGGAGAUGACAUAACGGUUGUUGUGAAGGACGACGAUCAGCAAUGGCGUGAUGAACACAACCAUAGCCAUUAUUGUGCAAGAAGAUGGUGCAAGACGGUUGAUGCAAGACUUCGGCAAUCUCGUCUGAACGUUCGAACUUGGUGCGACGAUGUCCUCCAGAAGCUAACAAGAUGGAAGGCAAAAUACGAAAGUGCAAACAAAGAGAUUCAAAUAUUGAAGGAGGACAAUGAGGACCUGCAGGGGCAGGUCCUUGAUGCGCGUGAGCAGCAUCAUUAUUUGCAGACGCAGCUGCAAGAUGCUAUCAUUGUCAUCCAGGAGGCUCGUGAUCAGCGGGAUCUGGCAUGGCACUGUUAUGAUGAGCGUUUCGGGGAGAUGGCAAAUCCUGCAGGUGAUGUGGAAGCCCUUUCCUCCGAAGUCGCUGUGGUGAGCUUGGAAGAAGAAGCUCAUGGCGAAGCUCAUGGCGAAAACGGUUCCCGGGAGGACGGUGAGCCGACGAAAUGCAAGUUGUGCUCGUCCUUGCAUUCAAAAGUUGAAGAACUAAGACAUAAGCUGGAGAAUAUGGAGCAGGUUAACAGCCUCCUGCAGGAGCCGCCUUCUUUCUGGAAUGAGGUUUUUGACUGGUGAUUGUAUGGGACGGCCCAUCCGGGGGGGGGAGGGGGCUUGUGCGUUCUAAUCAUCACCGUUGAUCUUAGGCAUA